AUGUCUUCCACUGGUUUCCAGGGCAGUGAGAAGAGUGAUGCCGAAUUGAAGGCUAGAAAGCAGACGUCGGUAGACGAUGUCCUGAUAGAAGAGAAAGAGGAUACGUCGAAGCUGAAGGAUGCGAAGGUCUCGCAAAGUCCACUGCUGCAAUUGGAGGCAUACCUGAUGCCGCUUGUCUUCACAGGGUUGGCUCUGUUUGUCAGAAUGUAUAGGAUUGGCAUAAACGGUAAUGUGGUGUGGGAUGAAGCCCAUUUUGGUAAAUUUGGUUCUUACUACUUGAGACACGAGUUCUAUCACGAUGUGCAUCCACCACUGGGUAAGAUGCUAGUGGGUCUUUCCGGUUACUUGGCCGGUUACAACGGGUCCUUUGACUUCGAGUCCGGACACGAGUACCCUGAAUAUGUGGACUUCGUCAAGAUGAGACUGUUUAACGCUUCUUUCUCAGCUAUGUGUGUUCCAUUGGCCUACUUCACUGCUAAGGCAAUUGGUUUCUCCUUGCCUGCCGUGUGGUUGUUCACCUGUAUGGUGCUUUUUGAAAACUCCUACAGCACUCUGGGUAGAUUUAUCUUGCUGGAUUCCAUGUUAUUGUUUUUUACCGUCGCAUCUGUAUUCAGUUUUGUGAUGUUCCAUAACCAAAGAUCUCGUCCUUUCUCUAGAAAAUGGUGGAAAUGGCUCUUGCUGACCGGUAUCAACCUUGGUUGCACAAUCUCUGUCAAGAUGGUGGGUCUCUUCGUUAUCACUCUGGUCGGUAUCUACACUGUCAUUGACUUGUUGCAGAUGCUAAAUGAGAAGAAGAUGUCUUGGAAGUCCUACACCGGUCACUGGCUGGCAAGAAUCGUCGCGUUGAUCUGCGUUCCAAUGGCUGUCUUCAUGAUUUGCUUCAAGCUGCAUUUCGACCUAUUGUGGCACAGUGGUACUGGUGACGCUAACAUGCCUUCUCUGUUCCAAGCUGGUUUGGUCGGAAGUGAUGUCGGCGGAGGUCCUCGUGAUGUGGCCAUUGGUUCUUCUGUGUCUAUUAAGAACCAGGCUCUGAGCGGUGCUUUGCUGCACUCCCACGUCCAAACUUAUCCAGAAGGUUCUAACCAGCAACAAGUCACCGCUUACAGUUACAAAGAUGCCAACAACAACUGGGUAUUCCACAGAGUGAGAGAAGAAAGCCUAUGGGACAUAAACGAAACCGACAUCGAGUACGUUGUCGACGGUGCUGUUUAUAGACUUGUCCACGCCAACACCCAAAAGAACUUGCACACACAUUCCAUUGCUGCUCCUGUCGAUAAGAAGAAUUGGGAAGUUUCUGGUUACGGUAACCAUACUAUUGGUGAUGCAAAGGAUUACUGGGUUCUGGAAAUUGUAGACCAAAAGGGUUCUGAAAAUACAACUCAGGUUCAUCCUUUGACUACCUCAUUCCGUCUAAGAAACAAGGAAUUGGACUGUUACUUAGCUCAAACUGGUAACCACUUGCCAGAAUGGGGUUUCAGACAACACGAAAUUAGUUGUGUCAAGGAUCCUUUUAGGAGAGACAAGAGAACUUGGUGGAAUGUUGAAUCCCAUGAAAAUGAGAAACUUCCAACUCCAGAAGAGUUCAAAUACCCAGGUUCUGGUUUCUUGAAGGAUUUCAUUCACUUGAACUUGGCUAUGAUGGCUACCAACAAUGCUUUGGUUCCAGAAAGUGACAAAUUUGACUAUUUGGCAUCUUCUGCCUGGGAAUGGCCUACUUUGCACGUCGGUUUGAGACUAUGUGGUUGGGGUGACAACAAUCCAAAGUACUUCUUGUUGGGUACUCCGGUAACUACAUGGGCAUCAUCUGUUGCUGUAAUCUCUUUCAUGAUUUUGUUUGUUGUUCUCCUACUGAGAUGGCAAAGACAGUACAAUGAUUUCUCCAACAAAGAUGAUUUCAAUUUAUUCCUGAUGGGUGGUUUCUAUCCAAUUCUUGGAUGGGGUCUACAUUUUGUCCCAUUUGUCAUCAUGUCAAGAGUCACCUACGUCCACCAUUACUUGCCAGCUUUGUACUUCGCAUUGAUUAUCCUAACAUACAUCAUCGACGCUACAACCAAGAGAUGGAUGAAAUCAAAGUGCGGAAGUAUUAUGAGACUAGUGGUCUUUGCCAUCUCGAUAGCUUCUGUAGUUGGUUGUUUCUGGUACUUCUCACCAAUCUCCUUUGGUAUGACUGGUCCAGCAAUAAAUUAUCAUUACUUGAAAUGGGUCAAGACAUGGCACAUUCAUGACUAA